UAUACAAUGCUGGAAUUUUUUCCGCCCUACUGUGCACAUAAUGUAGGUACUGGCACGGUUGCUAAGCAACGGAUAAUUUCGUUUGAAAAUGCAGAUUCAAAAUGCUAUCACGUCGUGAUAAGCUCUUAAUUCUCCCCUGGCAGCAGAGAAAGUAUGAGAAUCAUUUACGAAAAGUGAAAUCUGCGGCACCGGUGAUUGAUAAUCGGCCGCCGGUCAGUAGGGAACAUGUCGCAGUUAAACUGAAACGAAAACAGACCGAAAUCGAAAGGCAAACGAAAAUAGAACGAGACAACUUGAUUUUGUUACAAAAGCUUCAGUCGCUCACCCGUAAAAAUAGGGUGGAUAAUUAUUGGCAGACACCCCCACCGAACUUUCUAAAUCGUGUGAGAGUUCGUGAGGAUGUAGCUAGGAUCAGUUUACCCAAGACAGAGAUGUUAACAGACUGGGAUACGGUUAAAACAAGGUGUUCUGCAUGCUCCUCGGCAGUUACCGACCGACUUCCUUCAUCCAAAAACCGUAGUAAAUCUGUGCCAAUUGAAAAGUUACCCACCAUUUGUGAGGAAUCCGGUCCAAAGGUGCGCAGUCUGAGUUCCAAAACCAGCAAGUCAAAGCAUAUCGAUUGUCAGUCAUCACAAAAGUUAAUGCUGAAUCGUGGCUCAUUAGUAUUGGAGGUGAAUUUCCCACCCGAUUCGUACAUCAAAUUCCAAACCGGCCAUACAGAGAAGCUGAUAAUGAACGGAUUAUGCCAGUGCAGGAAUUUAACGAAGAAAAUUUGAUUUAAAGCAAUUUUAAUUAAGU